AUGAAAGUUAUGAUUGUGUCAGCUUAUGAAAUGAUGUAGCAAGAAAAGAAGCAUACUUUUGCACAUAAAUCUGAAUAAAUCAAUCCGGAAUAUAUCUACAAAUCCAAUAAUGGCUAUGGUAACCCUAAAAUACUAUUAAGGCAAUUACUUAAUGGGAUGGAAAAUAAGAUCUUCACUUCCUUACCAAUGCUUAGAAACUAUAUUCAUAAGAAGCAAACUUCUAACUAAGAUUAAAAUUUAAGGAUUGAUAUUCUAUUGGUAGCUACUCUCAUACCAUACUUUUACUUCUAGAAUUUCUUAAAGCUCACGGGUAUUAAAUAAUCCAUGUUUGAAGUGGUAUAAACUUAAAAAACAGGAAAAUCAAUAAAUUGUAAAAAGCCUGAGUACUCAUUUGAAUGUUCCUUUGCUGGAGUUAAAGAGAGAUCAACUAACUAAAUAACACGCGAAAUUACUAAAAAUGACGAGAAGUAAUUCUGA